ACAAAACAAGUGAUGCUGAAUGGUGAACUGUGAAGUUGCGUAAAAUCGAUAGUUGCAUUCGGGGUCGAGAUGGUUGGAAAAUGUGGUCGAUUUUAGGUCAUAGUCUGUGAAUUAUUUCUCAGUGAUGUUAAUUAUUUAGGCGAGACAUUAAGUUAUUGAAAUGGAGCAAGAAACUGUGUACGACUCGAACGAAGACUCGCACGUAGUCAUGUGCGAGAAAGUCCAAUCCCUAGCAGGGAGUGUUUACCAAGAACUGGAACGUAUGAUUGCAAAAUAUGAUGAAGAUGUGGUAAAAAAUCUUAUGCCACUAGUGGUCAACAUUUUGGAAAGUCUUGAUUUCGCUUAUACUGAAAACCAAGAGCAUGAAGUUGAGCUGGAGCUCCUUCGUGAAGACAAUGAACAGUUAGUUACACAGUAUGAACGAGAAAAGCAGCUUCGGAGAGCAUCAGAACAGAAACUGUUUGAGCUUGAAGAUCACAAUGAAGAACAGGUCAAACAGUCUGUUUCCAAAAUCGAAAGUCUUGAGUCCAUUGUGCGGAUGUUUGAACUGAAGACCAGAAAUGCUUCUGACCAUGUGGCCCGACUGGAGGAGAAGGAGGACACGAUGCGAAAGGAGUACGCCAAGCUGCACGACCGCUACACAGAGCUCUUCAAGACGCACAUGGAUUACAUGGAGCGCACCAAGAUCCUGCUGGGCACCGACCGUCUCGACCAGCUCAGCAUGCUGCGGCCGAAGGUGCCGCUGGGCGGCCUGCAGAACAACUCCAUGACCAGAUCUGCGGGGCCUCUGUCGUUCCAACUGCAGGGCAGCGAGCCCCGUCCAGCCGCGUCUGCCUCCGGUACUUCAGCGACCGCCGACACUAGCGCCCCUAGCGGCGACAGUGAGCACCAGCCGCACGGCCCCAACAGCCUCCAGGCUGAGAUCCAGGUAAAUGAUGCGGAGACGGCGAUGGAGCGUCACCACACGGCCGACAAAGGUCAGACCACCGACGUAACCAUGGGAACGCAUGACGCCGCGCCGAGCGCCACUAACACGCCAAGCGCCAACGCCUGGGACCGGGAGAUGUCGAUGGAUGACGUCACGCCGGACCACGAGGACAUGCCUUCAGACUUCAAGGCGCCGGCCCUCUCCAACACUACCAAACGCAGUGAACAUCGGUCUGCCAACAACCUGUACCAGGAGCUGAGUUUCCAGGACGCCACGCUGGAACCAGACGACGGAGGAGACGUCACCGGAGGCUGGGUGCACCCGGGCGAGUUUGCCUCCUCAGAGUCAGAUGACGAGGACGAGGGCCCGGGCCGGCGGUCGGCGACGGCGACACAGAAGCAUGCCAGCGAUAACUUUUUCGGAAUGGGACGGGAAGUGGAAAAUCUCAUCAUGGAAAAUAACGAGCUGCUUGCCACCAAGAACGCCCUGAACAUUGUCAAAGACGACCUAAUUGCCAAAGUGGACGAACUCACCGGUGAGCAGGAGAUUCUCCGCGAGGAGGUCAAGUCGCAGCAGACGGUGCGGUCCCGGCUGCAGCUGCGCGUCCAGGAGCUCGAGGACGAGCUGAAGAAGAUGAAGGAGGACGCAGAGAAGACCAGCAAGGAGACCACCGAGGAGGACGACAUCCCGAUGGCCCAGCGCAAGCGGUUCACCCGUGUCGAGAUGGCCCGCGUGCUCAUGGAGCGAAACCAGUACAAAGAACGCUUCAUGGAGCUGCAGGAGGCGGUCAGGUGGACGGAAAUGAUCCGGGCCAGUCGAAGCGACGGUCAGGGCAUCGACAAGAAGAGCAAACAGGGCAUCUGGAAAUUUUUCAGUAACCUGUUCAGUUCGACCGACUCUCGGCCGUCCAGUCGCGCUCUGCCCUCUGGUAACGUCCUGUACGACGCGCCGUCCAACUCCGUCAGCCCGGCCGAGCCGUCCAAGCGGCGCGGCGCGCAGGAGCGCAAACGAGGGCUGGACUUCCUCGACACGGAUAUUUCGUCGGAAAAGCUACAGCAGAGGCGUGCCACCGAGCGGCGUGAACAAUACAAACAGGUGCGCGCCCACGUCAAAAAGGACGACGGACGCAUGCAGGCCUACGGAUGGUCACUGCCCGCGAAGGUGCCCAGCGCGCCGGCCGCGGCGGCGCCUCAGGGCAAGACCGAGAGUCAGAAGUCGUCUCACGUGCCGGUGCCCGUGCCCGUCUACUGCCGACCUCUGAUGGAGAAGGAACAGGGCAUGAAGAUCUGGUGCGCGGCCGGCGUGAAUCUGACGGGCGGCCGGACGCGGGAUGGCGGCAGCGUGGUGGGCGCCUCGGUCUUCUACUCAGGAGAGUGCGCCGUGCCGGGCUCGCCGGUCGGAGAGGGCGACGAGGUCGAGCAGCUUAGUCGGCAGCUCAAGGAGCAAGAGCAGCUUCGUACCGAGAAUGAGACGUUGGACCAGAGCCUGUCCUCGCUGGUGUGGAUCUGCACGAGCACCCACAACGCUAGCAAAGUGACUGUGAUUGACGCCAACAACCCGGCCGAUGUUCUUCAGUCGUUCCCUGUCUGCUCGUCACAUCUGCUCUGCAUUGCCAGUGUGCCGGGCGCCAUGGAGUCUGAUUACGCAGUGGACGGAGAGCUGGCCAGUCUGACCACCGAGGAGCCCGCUCCGGCGACAGCGGCGGCCGGCGGCGGUGAUGAAGCGGACGGCGCUGGUCAGGAGGGCCGCAUGGCCACCAUCCGACUGGUGAGCUGUGCCACCGGAGAGACUGCCCCGCCGGCCAGCGGACCGCCCAGCGGCGUCAGCAGUACUGAUGAGAUCAGACCUGUCCUGCGGAAGGAGGUUAACACUGGGGAGAACGCGGCCGAGCGGCCAGCAGAGGACCCAGAGUCGGCGGCUCAGGCCGAGCGGCGACUGAUGACCUCUCCGACCGAUGACAUUGUCAAGGAUGGCCUCACUGACGGCAUCAGUGAGUCCCACAUGGGCCAGGAGGAGGAGAAGAUGUCGAGCGUGCUGCCCACCAUGUGGCUCGGCUCGCAGUCGGGCUGCGUCUACGUCCACUCGGCCAAGGCCCAGUGGAAGCGCUGCAUUCACUCCAUUCGACUCAAGGACUCGGUGCUCAGCAUUGUUCACGUGAAGGGUCGCGUGCUGGCCUCGCUGGCCGAUGGUACGGUGGCCAUGUUUCACCGCGGGCCCGACGGCCAGUGGGACCUGACCAACUACCAUCUGCUCGACCUGGGCCAGCCGCAGCACAGCAUCAGGUGUAUGACAGUGGUGCAGGACAGCGUGUGGUGCGGCUGUCGAAACCGGGUGCAUGUCAUCAACCCCAAGACCAUGCAGGUCCAGACGUCGUUUGACGCCCACCCGCGGCGCGAGUCGCAGCUGAGGCAGAUGGCCUGGCUAGGUGACGGCGUCUGGGUGUCGAUCCGACUCGACUCGACAUUGCGUCUGUACCACGCGCACACGCAGCAGCAUCUGCAGGACGUCGACAUCGAGCCCUACGUCAGCAAGAUGCUCGAUGUGUCCGGUGUUGCAGGCACCGGCAAGCUGGGCUUCUCGUUCGUGCGUAUCACGGCGCUGCUCAUCUCGUCGAGCCGGCUGUGGAUCGGAACAGGGAACGGCGUGGUCAUCUCUGUGCCGCUGAACGCAGACGGCUCGGCGUCUCGACCGCCGGGCGGCGCCGGCGGUGGCGGCGCCGGCGCCGGCGCGCCCCGUCUCCCCGGCGGCGUGGUGCGGGUCUACUCGGACGCUCGCGGCGAGCAGCUCACGCCGGCCAGCUUCAUACCGUACUGUCACAUGGCGCACGCGCAGCUCAGCUUCCACGGGCACCGGGACGCCGUCAAGUUCUUCGUGGCCGUGCCAGGCUCGGGCGGCCUCAGCUCCGCCUCCCAGACCGCCUCGACCGCCGGCGGGUCGGCCGCCGCCUCCUCCGCCGAACAGAAGCCGCGCUCACUACUGGUCAUGUCUGGAGGCGAGGGUUACAUCGACUUCCGAAUCGAUGAGGACGCGCAGGAGACGGCCAGCCACCUAAUCAUGUGGCAGCUGACUGACGACGUGUGUCACGUGACCUCUGACGUCACCACCCCACCACCGACCGACGGGCGGGCGGCCGAGGCGGCGGCAUCAUGAGAGGCCGAGGAGGAAGAGGACCUGGAGGAGUCAGCCGACAAGCCGCGCUCUCUGUCUCGCGGCGAGCGCUCCCACCUGAUCGUGUGGCAGGUGUCCGUACCAGACUAGUCACCCGACGAGCCGCCUGGUUGAAGGCUUGUCGACAUACGAGUCGCCUGGUUCGCGACUUGUCCUUUGACGAGCCGACCAGACGGGUCCGGUUCGUCGCCGGCUGGCGUGUUCGUGUGCGUGUGUGCGUGUAUUUAUUGCAAUUGUCGGGACGUUUUAGUAGUGAUUCGUGGCUUAUGCGGACGCCCGUUGGUGAUAUGGACUGUGCGGUCGCACGCUGACCUGCGCGGUAACCCGUGCGCACUGUCACGGCACGAUUGGACAACUAGGCAGCAUUGUGCAGCGUCACGCUACAAUGAUGAAUUUUUUUCACUUUGCCUUCGGUGUAGCAGUCGGGACAGGCAGCGGCCCAUGACGGUCGGGUUUUAGCGAAAAAGUGUGUGGGGGUGCGCGCGUAUGUGUGUCUGUGUUCCAUUGAAGUGCAUGCAAUGCGUUGUGGUAGGAGGGCAGGCGGCACGCUCUGGUCUAGUCGGAGGUCGGAGGUCGAGCGCCGGCCGUGAGUGACCUCGUGACCCGGUGAUUGCCCGAGGCUAUCGCGGCGCUGGGCUGUUAUAUUUAUUCUUAAUGGACUUAUUUAGCUGCAGAGUACGGGUGGAUCACCCGAACGUCGGUCAGGCAGGCGCGAACGGCGGUGGACACGGUGUGGGACGUGUAGCUGCGGCUGAUGGCGGCGCGCACGCGGUCCUCCAGUGGCCGCACACUCAGUCAUACGGCUCGGUCUAGGCUGCCGCGGAUGUGGGCUUUUCAGCAGGGCGGUAUGAUUCAGGUUUCGGCCGACAAUCGUCGAUGAGCCGGGGGACUUUUGGCCCGUCCCCCGGCAAGCCUACGCUUGGUGUCGGCUCCACACGCCUGGUUGACCCGUUCCGACCCCGGCGCGGACCGCCGGGAUGGGGCCUGGUCCGUGUUGGGGUCUCAUUCCCGCGUCCCCAGGCCGGGAUACCCGGCGCGUGGCGCGUGCGUGCCCCGAAGGCUUGACCUCCGCGACAGCUGGGCUGUUGUUGGUUGUUUGAUUUGGAUAUUUUAUGCGUUUUAAUGUGUCCGGCGCGGUGCAAUCUAGUGUUACACGACGCGCUGAAGUGUGCUCUCUGGCAUGGAGGGGUUGCAAAACCUAACGGAGAAAUGUAUCCAACUGCUUACUCAAAACUGUGACGGGCUUCACUAAACAGAAUCUACGCACUCCCGAUCGUUUGAAGUCAUGUACGCAUUGUGGUGCAGAGAUCUGUAUCUACAGCCUGGAUGUCGUCGGCUGGCUUUUGAUAACGGUCUGUGUAGGUUGAAUUUGUACAUCGAGCUCUGAUGUUCGUGAGUGGGGUGAUUCUGCUUCUCGGUCAGAAUCGUAGCCUAUGUAUCCGAGGCCUAUGCGCACGCUAUGUAACAAACGAUACAGUGAAAAUAAACGCGGUUGCGUUCA